CGCGUGCUCGGCACCUUCAGUCUUGGACUGACUUUUGUUGUGAUCAGUAGCGCUUUCUGAGUCGAUCAGAAGAAAGUCCUCUCUCUCGCGGCCAAUCGAUUUUCGAAGAAAAGUAAGAAGAAAUACCCAGUGGCUGAAAGUGAUUAAUUUGCCAAAAACGAGGCAUUGAAAAUAGCAAAGUCCCUGUGUACUGUCUGUGCGUUUUUGUUUCGUUUUUUGGGUUCUUUCGUUAGUCCCACUUGGUCGGUAUUCUUUUUUUUGCGUUCAAAUCUGUCCGCUUUUGGUUCCGGUCGAAAAUCGCGGAUGAAAAAUCUGCAGUCCCCACGUCUGUCCGAAAAAUUUUAAGGUGUUGGUGCGGUCAGCAGUAAAAGUGACCUCGGAAGUUUUUCUUUCGUUCGAUUGUUAAUCCUUGUCUGGCGAUCCUUAACCGGAUCGUUCUUUUCUUGAAUUGGGUGGAAUAUUUCCUUUCGUGAAAGGCGGAACCGCGUACCGGAGCAACGCUGGAAGCAUGGCGGAAAAUGAAGAUUUAAGUAAUAGUCUUAGUAGUAGUAGUAGCAGCAGUGAGGACAUGCACUUUUUCGAAGGAGUCGAGAAGCUGUUGGAGAUCUGGUUCGAGCCGAAUCCGUCCAACAAAAAUGCUGAUCUGAGGAAAAUUCCCAGAGCCAUGUGGGAUGUAAUGCUGAAGACAGUGCGAUGCGAGAUCAUCAGUUUCACCAGAAACGAGCAAAUCGAUGCUUAUGUGCUCAGCGAAAGCAGCAUGUUCGUAUCGCAGCGCCGUUGGAUCCUGAAGACGUGCGGCACCACGACGCCGCUGCAGUGCUUGCAACCGCUGCUACGUCUCGCAUCGGAGAUCGCCGGCUAUGGCGAGAUAGAAAAUCUCUUCUACUCGCGCAAGAACUUCAAGCGGCCGGAAUUGCAGGUCUCUCCCCAUCGUGGUUUCGAGGAGGAAGUCGCCUUCCUGGAUUCAUUUUUCGAAGAUGGACGCGCCUACAGCCUGGGCGCGAUUAAUCGUGACUGCUGGCAUCUCUACACAUUGAGCCGCGGGGGAGGGGGCUCCGCUAACAAACAAAUGCUGAACAACAAUAUCAACCACCACCACCAUACUAAUCACAACAUGAGCAACGCACUCGCUCAGCUACAAAAUCAGUCAGCCAAGAUGAAUUUGAUUGAAUCUCUGCAGUUACCUGAUCCGGAUCAGACCAUCGAGAUACUGAUGACCGAUCUGGACCCGAAAGUGAUGGCUGUUUUUACCAAAGAUGUGUGCAGCACGGCCUUGGAGGCUACGCAGAAAUCUGGUAUCCAUAAGCUGAUUCCCGGAAUGGUAAUCGACGAUUACUUGUUCGAUCCGUGUGGUUACUCAAUGAAUGGAGUUUUCAAGAAUUGUGGAAAGAAAUACAAAGAGGGAUGUUACAUGACAAUCCACAUCACUCCGGAGCCCGAUUUCUCGUACGUUAGUUUCGAGAGCAACGUUGCAUCCUCAAGCUAUGGGGAUCUGAUUGCCCGUGUGAUUGACACUUUCCAGCCGGGCAAGUUUAUCGUGACCGUUUUUGCUAACAAGACAUCGCCAGCCGCGAAUGUGUCCCGUGAGCUUGAACAUCUGGGCACCAUUGACCAGUGGAAACGUCGCGAUAUCCAGUUUUCGCGUUUUCCGACCUACGACCUGACUUACGCUCAGUACUGCAAAUACCCAAGCUGAGGUUUACCGUGCCUAGCCCCCGAAGGGGCUAACCCUGCUUCCCCGCUCCCAUCCUCUCCCGCUGUCCCCUUCAAGAAUAACGUUUUUAUCAUUCGUCCCUCUCCCUUUUCCUACCUAUCCUCUUCGGUGGCUUUGUUCCGUUUGUUCGUCAACAUCUUCCCCGUGCUGACUUCCUUGAGUUUUGCCAAAAAUUUCUUCCUCUGUGGCGUCACUGCUGACGCAUACAAUAAGAGCGAAAUCAUCAUCAAUAACAAUAAUAACAACAUCAAUGCCAUGAAUUCAAUCAAUGAAAACGGAAAAACGAUCAACGAUAUCAACAAAUCCGGCAUGGAUUAUCUUCAGCAAAUGAGCGAUAAAACGAUGACCAAUUGGUAAAGUUGUGCGGACAAUUUAAAAAGCUGCUGGACCUUCCAGCCAUUCUUUUCUCUAUUAUACUGAUCCAAUUGAUAUCAUUCGUACUUGUAUUGAACAUUGAGGAAUGCUCACCGCUAGUUUUAUUCAGCUGGUGGCGCAACAAGAUCUCCUGAAAUUGACUACCACGCGGCAAACGAGCGGCAAGCUGUUGCCUUCUUCCGUUCUGAUGCCUUUCUCGAUUUCCACAUUCACCGUUAUUAUUAUUGCUUUGAUAAUAACAAGUUAUCGAUCAUCUCGCAUUUGCGUUCCGCUCUGCGAAUGCAGAGCAAUGCUUUUCCAGAUGAUUUCUUCAGUCGAUGUUGUAGCGACAAUUCUCGGUUCGGAAUCGAUCUCACGAUCACUGUCCAACUGUUAGUAAGCAUCAUUGCAAUAAUCGCUGCAGUAACUGUAUGCGAUGUGCUGCAUUUCCAAUAUCGGUCGUCUUUUGUUCCGUUCAAUAUUAGUAACAUCCUUAGCGUCGCCAAUCGCGACAAACAGAAUGGUACGAAGGAGAUUUCAGUGGAAAAAUUCAAAGAAUUACAAGCAAUUUCUAGCAACAGACGGUGGUGGAGCACAUUCUCUCUAGAUCAGUUUAGCUACAGACAACAACAGCAUAAACAGCAAGAUGUAGUAAUCGUUCAAUGUAACCAGCACCACCGAGAGAACCACCACCAAGGUAUCAAACAAUUUAAGAUACUAUAUAAAACAAUCGCUAAUGAAAACAACCAGUUACUUAAUGUUGUAGAUUACAGUUUUACCAACAUUCUCAAUAUUAGGAUUGCGCAGACUAAGAAGGUUCUCGUUGAAAAUAUUAUAUUCGUAUUUCUAAUAUCAUUGGACAUGUAUUCGUAGCAAAAAGUGAUCCAUUCAGAUUCAGAAAAUCAACACUUGAUAUUUCAAAGAUUACACAACCAUGAAAACAUAUUGAAAAGAAAAACACAGAAUACAAAGUAUUUUAACAAACCCAUACAAACGCAGAUUUAACUGUAAUAAAACAGAAGGUCGUAAUAUUUUAUAUCCCAAUUUCCUUACUAUCAAAUCCCGCAUACAAAAACAUCUCACAAACUCCCCAAAAUGAAAAAAAAAAUGAUGAUACAAAAAUCAAACGUCUGUCUUGAAUGACGUUAAACCAAUAUGACACAUGAUGACUUUUUCAAAUAACAUUAAAUGUAACAAGAUUUAAACAAGAAGCAAAUGAGCUGAAAAGCCAAUUAAAUAUAAAAGAAGUUUAAAAAUGAAACAUUACUAUUACAUAUGUAGCAAGUAAGUCAAAAAAGUAAAGCGAUAUGAAAAGAUGGGUCUAAAUAAAAUAAAAAUCAAGAUUGAUGAAACGAUAAAACAAAAAAAAGUAAGAAGGUUUACAUAUUGAAUGAAAACUUAAAGCUCAUUAAUAUUUCCUUACAUAUUGACAAAAAACACAGAUAAAACAAAGUUAACUAUAUGAUUGAAAUAGUUAAGUAAAAUAAACCGUUUCUAAUUUAGUAUCAGCAGCAGCAGUAGGAGCGAGAGGUUUUAGGAUCUAAACUAGGCUAUGAUGAUGGGGUGUUAGGAAUGCGCGCAAAGCGUUAGGAGACUUACAAAGGAUUGUUCCGUUAUGUAUAUUUUUCGACGGCAAUUGAUUCGGCGGAGGAAACCUGAUAAUUGGAAUGAUUAGCUAGGAUUGAAUUACGAAUUGGAUAUGAGUGGUUGGUUUUUGUAAUCCUUAUCGGUAAGUUCAAUGUCUUUUCCGCACAAAUUUGGUUAACACAUGUUAGGGGUUUAAUUCUAAUUACGUUAGCAUUAGUAAUAAUUAUCAUUAAUUAUUCAUUUUGUUUAGUUUUAGACUCUUUCUAUACUUUCUGGCUCUACUAUAUUUGCAAAAUAGAUUACAUUAGACUUCCAUUAGUGGUAUCUGGGAA